ACAUUUUUUCCAGUGUCUUAACUUACCAGCUUUACUGAAUUUGGAAAAUAAAAUAUAAAAUCUGAUGCCAACAAGACAAUUAAUAAAAGUUGGAAGAGCAAGUUUGUAAUUGUGUUACAUCACUUCCUUUGAUGGUUUUCUUAAUUAUUUGAGAACUGAGAAUAUUAAUUGUUGCCCUUCUAUUGGAAUCGGUGUUCAUUCUGUCUGAUUCCCCUGUUCAUAAGAAAUCAAUUUGAGAGGCGGUAGAAAUGGGCUGUAGGCAGGCUAGGCAAGCAGGAAUCCAUGCUGUUGGAAGAUGUGCAGAAUAACCAUUUUCCUCCUAGAAAAGAAAGUGACCUCCGUACAAUCACAAAUGCAGGUUUGUGGCAGCUGUCUUUGAUAACAGCCUGGACGGUCUUCUCAUCACAGCACACAGAACCACAACAGUUAAAAAAAUAAAUAAAUAGACAAAUAUUGGAUUCAUCUAACCACAGGAUACGUGUUCUCUGUCUUUCAGUCAUCUUAGAUUAUCUGGUGUCCAGUGAAGUCUGCUUGUUGCUCAUGCAGUUCUACCUGAAGGCUAGAAGAUCACAUGCAUUAAACUGUGUUUUCCAUUCUUAAUCUUUAUUCACCAAGAUUUCCUCAGACUCCUUGAAUAUUUUCACGGUAUUUUGCUCUGUAGGCAAUGAAAAACCAGAGUUAUUUGAAGACUUUGGUGGAUGCUACUUUUAUGACCAAUCAUGGCACCCUCAUCUGUCCCAAGUUAAUUUGCUGGUAUAAAGUUAUCGACAUUUUUUCCAGACAUUUCAAAGAAAAUGAAAUAAUUUGUACUAACUUGUGUUUGUUCAUUAAGGUUCAAACUAAUUUUUUUUCAGCUAUACUUCCUUUCAAGUAUAUGGUGCUCUGCUUUCUCUACAGAUCGUCCUAAAAAAUGGAGGGAGGUACUUUCAGUCACUCCCGAGAUUACCUUGACCGCUUCAUCCAAAGUCAGGACUCAUCUGUGGUGAACAAGUUCCAGCAGAAAUACUGGAAAACCAAGCAGACGCUCAUCAAAGUCACUGGGAAGAAGGAGGAUGAACAUGUGGUGGCGUCAGAUGCAGACCUUGAUGCCAAGCUGGAGGUCUUCCACUCCAUCCAGAGAACAUGCAUGGAGCUGCUAAAGGUCAUCGAGCAGUACCAAAGAAGGAUAUGCCUGCUUUCUCAAGAGGAGAAUGAGUUGGGUCGCUUCCUUCGCUCCCAGGGAUCGCAGGAUAAAACCAGGGCUGGAAAGAUAAUGCAGGCCACAGGAAAGGCACUCUGUUUCUCCUCUCAGCAGAGACUGGCUCUGAGGAACCCUCUGUGCCGUUUGUACCAGGAGGUGGAAACAUUUCGUUAUCGAGCCAUCUCAGACACGUGGCUGACAGUGAAUCGCAUGGAGCAGUCCAGGACUGAAUACCGCGGAGCCUUACUGUGGAUGAAGGACGUAUCUCAGGAACUUGAUCCCGAUACGCAUAAACAGAUGGAGAAAUUCCGCAAGGUUCAGGCCCAGGUGCGAACAACCAAAACAAGCUUUGACAAGCUGAAGAAUGAUGUCUGCCAGAAAGUGGACCUGCUUGGAGCCAGUCGCUGCAACCUCCUGUCUCAUGUCUUAACCACAUACCAGACAAUACUUUUGCACUUCUGGGAAAAGACAUCCCACACCAUGGCAGCCAUUCAUGAGAGCUUCAAGGGCUGUCAGCAUUACGAGCUCUCAACACUUACGACCUUACAAGCCCCCACAGACAAGGUGGCUAAAAAGAAGGGGAAGAAGAAAAUGAAGGAAGAGACUGAUGAUAGAAGGAGAACAGAGACAAGCGAUAACCAACUCAUCUCACUAGAAAAUGAAAAUACCACAGAUAAAACCAGAGAAGAGUCAGAUGGGGAGGAGAAGGACAGCCUGGCCUUACUAAACGAGAUCCUCGGCGGUUUGUCUGUGGAUGAGGGCGACUUCGCUCAGAAGUGGACAGAAGUAUUUGGAGAACCUGACGAAGCAACAAGCUCAGCUUUCGCUGGAUCAGCAGAAUCCCAACAGAAGGAAAAGGCAUUCUUUCUACCAUCGCAGCUGUUGGACCAGAGUCUGAAAACGUCUUCCAUUUCAGACUGGGCCGGGAAUAUUCCACAGCCUGUCACCCAGGCAGCCGAGCACCCAUCUGGAGCCACUCAGAACCCUUCAAAGCCAGCACUGAAAGAAACGAUGGGGAAGUCCAAAGACCUCUCAGCCUGGUUCAACCUCUUUGCAGACUUGGACCCCCUCUCCAAUCCAGAUGCAAUCGGCAAAACCAACGCAGAGGACGAACUUCACACAGCAUAG